AUGGUUGACUCACAUGGGGCCAAGAACCCCUUUGAACGCAUCGACACACACUCUCACUUCGUGCCCCCAUUUUAUAGGGACGAAUCUGUAAAAUAUGGAUACGGUAAGCCUGAUGGCAUGCCUGGGAUUCCGGCUUGGACUGAGGAGGCACACUUGGAGAUGAUGCGCAAGGCAAACAUUACAAAGUCCAUCCUUAGCAUUACUUCUCCGGGUACGCACCUUGUUCCUGGAAACGACGCUCUCGCACGAAAUCUCACCAGGCAGUGCAACGAAUUCGCAGCCGAUCUCAAGCACCGACAUCCGGACAAGUUCGGCUUUUGGGCGUCGUUACCUCUUCCCGACGUCGAAGGUAGCCUUGCUGAAAUAGACUACGCGCUCAACGUAUUAAACGCAGACGGGGUGGCCAUUUUAACCAAUGCACACGGCGUGUACCUUGGCAACACUGUCCUCGGCCCCAUCUUUGAGGCCUUGAAUAAGAGGAACGCCACCAUCUUCAUUCACCCAACCAGCCCUUGCCUGCAGCACGGCGGCACGAGCCAGAUCGUCGCUCCCUUGACUCAGUACCCAAACCCAAUGUUCGAGUUCUUCUUUGAUACCGCACGAACGGUCGUAGACAUGUUCGUCUCGGGAACUAUUGACAGAUCGCCCAAUGUCACAAUCAUUCUCUCCCAUGCUGGAGGUGCCAUCACCCCGCUCGUGGCUCGCUUCUCGGAAUUUGCUACAUCAAUCUUGGGACUUCCCGUAAAGAUAAGCACCGAGUCUGUCAAAAAGGCGUUCCAGACCCAAUUUUUCUUCGACCUCGCAGGCUUCGUAUUUCCGGACCAAAUCCACGGUUUGCUGCCAUAUGUUGACGCAAGUCGGAUCCUUUACGGCAGCGACUACCCUUACACUCCCGAAUCUGGGGUUCUCGGUAUAGUCGAAGAUAUGAACCAAGAGCUACCUCAAGUGUUCAAAGACCUUCAUUCCCAAAAAGCGAUAUAUAGAGAGAAUGCAAUGAAGAUCUUGAGAGCCUAG